CACGGCCAAUCACUAGUCGCUGGGUUGUUCCGCUUCCCCCUUCUCGCCAUAGCGGAAUUAUCAUUGAAGGGCCCCAAAAAGACAGAAGGGGCUGAAAAAGUUGCACUAUAAAUAGUUGUCACCUUUUUUCAACUUGAUCUUAUUUAUGGCCGAGUUUCAGAUGAAGUACUUUACUUUUCUUGGACUAACGAAUAUCUUUUAAGGCACCGAAGGAACGAAUGACCGCAGGGAGUCGAGGAGUUCUGUUCACGUUUUUAACUGCCGUGGAGGCUCUCCGGUAUCGUUCUUCCUUCCUCUCCUGCCUGCACAUCCUGAGGUGAUGCAUGAGCACACGUGUGCUUCAUGCUGAUGUGAUCCUCCCUCUCCGUUUGCCGCCCUGUCCGUCCUAGCCUCCCCCCCCCACCCCUUCCUCAUCAUCUCCUGUGAAAACAACAUAAACAAACUCGUGCGUGAGCGAUGUGCGACAACGGCGACCCCGAGGACAAGCCCCCCGCCCCGCCGGUCCGCAUGAGCAGCACUAUCUUCAGCACCAGCUCCAGUAAAGACUCGCUCUCGGCGAACCACAGCACCAAGCCACUGCCAUCGGUGCCUGAGGAGAGAAAGCCUCGCAGCAAGAUCAUCUCCAUAUUUUCCGGGGCAGAAAAAGGCGGAAGAAAGAAAGAUCGAGACAAAGAGAGACCAGAAAUUUCACCGCCUUCGGAUUUUGAACACACCAUUCAUGUUGGCUUUGAUGCUGUCACAGGGGAGUUCACUGGCAUGCCGGAGCAGUGGGCGCGACUCCUGCAGACGUCAAACAUCACCAAGUCAGAGCAGAAGAAGAACCCGCAGGCCGUGCUCGACGUCCUCAAGUUCUACGACUCCACGGGCAACGGACGGCAGAAGUACCUCAGCUUCUCAUCCUCUGAAAAAGAUGCAUUCACUCCAGGGCCGCAGUCUCCAGUCAAAAAAGGCGCCGAGCCAACAUCUCCGACGAUCAAAGACAUCGACGACGACGAUGACGAUGAAGCCCCGCCUCCCGCCGUGGCUCCCAGACCGGAACACACCAAGAGCGUGUACACGCGCUCCGUCAUCGAGCCUCUCCCCGCGCCCAGCCUGAGCACGGACGGCGAUGCCGCAUCCAAGGCUGCCGACAGACAGAAGAAGAAGGGCAAAAUGUCCGACGAGGAGAUCAUGGACAAACUGAGAACUAUAGUCAGCAUUGGCGACCCCAAGAAGAAAUACACCAGAUAUGAGAAAAUUGGACAGGGAGCUUCUGGAACAGUCUUCACUGCCAUCGACGUCGCCACGGGGCAAGAGGUGGCCAUUAAACAGAUCAACCUCCAGAAGCAGCCCAAGAAGGAGCUGAUCAUCAACGAGAUCCUGGUGAUGAAGGAGCUCAAGAACCCCAACAUUGUUAACUUCCUCGACAGUUUCCUGAUGGGGGAGGAGCUAUUUGUGGUGAUGGAGUACCUGGCGGGCGGGUCACUCACCGACGUGGUCACGGAGACGUGCAUGGACGAAGCCCAGAUCGCCGCCGUCUGCAGAGAGUGUUUACAAGCCUUGGACUUCCUGCACGCCAACCAGGUCAUCCACAGAGACAUUAAGAGCGACAACGUGCUGCUCGGCAUGGACGGCUCCGUCAAGCUGACCGACUUCGGCUUCUGCGCCCAGAUCACUCCGGAGCAGAGCAAGCGCAGCACCAUGGUGGGCACGCCCUACUGGAUGGCCCCCGAGGUGGUGACCCGCAAAGCCUACGGGCCCAAAGUGGACAUCUGGUCGCUGGGCAUCAUGGCCAUCGAGAUGGUGGAGGGAGAGCCCCCCUACCUGAACGAGAAUCCCCUCCGAGCCUUGUAUCUAAUCGCCACCAAUGGGACACCCGAGCUGCAGAACCCCGAGAAGCUGUCGCCGGUCUUCCGAGACUUCCUCAACCGAUGCUUGGAGAUGGACGUGGAGAAGCGAGGCGGAGGCAAAGAGCUCCUGCAGCAUCCUUUCCUGAAGCUGGCCAAGCCUCUGUCCAGCCUCACACCGCUCAUCCUGGCCGCCAAGGAAGCCAUGAAAGGCAAUCGUUAAGGAGACCCCCACGCACGCACAUGCACACAUAGCCGCCACGUGCCAACUAUUCAGAAUUUGUGCCAGACUAAAUGUUGAGAGUAUAAACAUUAAAAAAAAAAGUCACUGUGAAGAAGAC